GUCUAAAAGUUGGUUUUAAUUGGUUGCCCACAGGAUUGGCUUGGCUUCUACUACUUAUUAAGAAAAAACAUCUGACUCAGCAGGUGUGUGUUGUUUCAGCGCAGCAUGGCUGUGGUCAUCCGUUUGCAAGGUCUCCCGAUUGUGGCGGGGACCAUGGACAUUCGCCACUUCUUCUCUGGAUUGACCAUUCCUGAUGGGGGCGUGCAUAUUGUAGGGGGUGAACUGGGUGAGGCUUUCAUCGUUUUUGCCACUGAUGAAGAUGCAAGGCUUGGUAUGAUGCGAACAGGUGGUACCAUUAAAGGGUCAAAAGUAACACUGUUGCUGAGCAGUAAAACUGAAAUGCAAAACAUGAUAGAACUUAGUCGUAGACGCUUUGAAACUGCCAAUUUAGACAUGCCACCUGCAAAUGCUAGCAGAUCUGGACCACCGCCUAGUUCAGGAAUGAGCGGUAGGGUAAAUUUGCCUACUACGGUACCUAACUUUACCAGUCCUUCUCCUAGUGUAGUAACUGCAGCUACUUCUGUGCAUGAAAGCAAUAAAAACAUACCCACGUUCUCAACUGCCAGUAUGGGAACUGCACCUCCAAAUCUUGGGGCUACAUUUGGUAGUCCAACCUUUAGCUCAACAAUACCUAGCACAGCAUCCCCUAUGAACACAGUACCACCUCCACCAAUUCCUCCCAUUCCAGCUAUGCCAUCUUUGCCACCAAUGCCUUCUAUUCCCCCGAUACCUGUCCCACCUCCUGUACCUACACUGCCCCCUGUUCCCCCCGUACCACCAAUACCCCCUGUUCCUCCUGUACCACCAAUGACACCUAUGCCGCCUAUAUCAGGAAUGCGUCCUAUGAAUCCUCCACCUAUUCCUCCACCUAUAGCACCUUUACCUACUGGAAUGAAUGGGUCUGGAACAGCAAUGAGUAUGAACAGUGGCUUGAAUCCAUUGUUUAUGGGGCCUAUGAAUCCUGUAAAUCCUAUUCAGAUGAAUUCUCAAAGUGGUGUGAAACCCCUUUCUAUCAACCCAGAUGACUUGUAUGUCAGUGUUCAUGGAAUGCCCUUUUCUGCAACAGAAUCUGAUGUAAAAGACUUUUUCCAUGGGCUCCGUGUGGAUGCAGUACAUAUGUUGAAGGAUCAUGUAGGCCGAAAUAAUGGGAAUGGACUAGUUAAGUUUUUUUCCCCUCAAGAUACUUUUGAAGCACUGAAGCGAAACAGAAUGCUGAUGAUUCAGCGCUAUGUUGAAGUUAGUCCUGCAACAGAGAGACAAUGGGUAUCUGCUGGAGGCCAUAUAACUUUCAAGCAAACCAUGGGUCCUACUGGACAAACCCAUCCUCCUCAACAGACGCUUUCUAGGUCCAAAUCUCCUAGUGGACAGAAAAGGUCACGGUCAAGAUCUCCUCACGAGCAGGGUUUCUGUGUGUAUUUGAAAGGUCUUCCCUUUGAGUCAGAGAACAAACAUGUGAUAGAUUUCUUUAAAAAGUUAGAUAUUGUUGAAGACAGUAUUUAUAUAGCUUAUGGACCCAAUGGGAAAGCAAUUGGUGAAGGCUUUGUUGAGUUCAGGAAUGAAGCUGACUACAAAGCAGCUUUGUGUCAUCAUAAACAGUACAUAGGGAACCGUUUUAUUCAAGUUCAUCCCAUAACAAAAAAGGGUAUGUUAGAAAAGAUAGAUAUGAUUCGGAAAAGGUUACAGAACUUCAGCUAUGACCAGAGGGAGGUCAUGAUGAAUACUGAGGGAGAAACAGGUCCGCCAAAGUUAUGUGCACAUAUAUCAAAUAUCCCAUACAGUAUUACAAAAAUGGAAAUCCUUCAGUUUCUAGAGGGACUGUCAGUGGAAGAAAACUCUGUACAAAUUCUUGUUGAUAACAAUGGGCAAGGCUUAGGACAAGCAUUGGUUCAGUUCAAAACAGAAGAGGAUGCUCGUAAGUCAGAGCGCCUGCACCGUAAAAAACUGAAUGGAAGAGAUGUUAUUUUACGUGUAAUCACCCUUGAAGAAAUGAGAGAAGUUGAGAGAAAUCCAUCAUCCCAAGGGAAAAAGUUGCUGAAAAUGCCAAUGCAAGAGAUAACAAUGGCAGGUUUUGGAAGUGGUCCUAGUAAUCUGAGUGGGCCAUCAAGUUUUGGAGGAGGGCCUCAAAACUUUGGGAAUGGGCCUGGUAAUUUAGGUGGGCCUCCUAGUUUUGGAAGUGGCCCUCCUGGUAUUGCAGGUGGUCUUGGACAUUUAAGUGGACCUCCAGGGUUUGGACCUGGACCUGGAACCUUACAUAUUAGUGGACCCCCUGGUUUUGGAACAGGUUCUGGAAAACCAGGGCCAACUGUCAUUAAAGUGCAAAACAUGCCUUUUACAGUAUCAGUGGAUGAAAUUUUGGAUUUCUUUUAUGGUUACCAAGUGAUCCCAGGUUCUGUGUGUUUAAAAUACAAUGAAAAAGGUAUGCCAACAGGAGAAGCCAUGGUUGCAUUUGAGUCUCGUGAUGAAGCAAUGGCAGCUGUUGUUGAUCUAAAUGACAGACCUAUAGGUUCAAGAAAAGUCAAACUUGUUUUAGGGUAGCUGUUCGUAUAAAAUGUUUGUAGAAUAGUUAUUCAUAGUGCUGUGAUUAAUUCAUCCAGAUUGUUUUUAUAGUAUUUCCAGGCUAGAACCUGUGGAUUGUUUAAAUUGUAAACGGUGGAUUGUUUAAAUUGCAAAUAAAUUUGUUUUGAUAAGGCAGAGCACUGGUUUAACCAUUUACAAAAGAAUCACUGCAAGGAUAAGUAUGCAGUGAAUUUCCCAGUACAUAUGUGUGGAAAAGGCAGAUUCUUAUUCACUAAUUGAAAUGUUUGCUAAAGCUAAAUUGGCCACAUAAUGCUUAUCAAGGAAUCUAGAUUGGUUUUAUGUAGGUACAGAUAAGGGAAAUAGAUACGUAUUAAGAUGAAGUCAGUGAGUGAGUGCUAUUGCAAGCCACUGUAAAACGAGAUAGCUAGUCCUAGAUUUGGUUAAAAGCUGGCUGAAUUUGCUUUGUUACAGGUCAAAGCUUGUUUAAAGUCCUGAUUUUACUUUGCAACUGAAUGAAUUCUCAGUGUACACAAAUUAACUGUUUUGUGUAUGUACUUUUAUUGUUUUUCAAAGGUUCUUGCUGUAUGUGAACAGUCAAAUUAUGCACAUUGACAGUGUGUCUACCAAACUAAUUCCUAUGCAUAUGAGCAGAACUGUUUUGUAAAAUUCAAGCUGUUCUUUGUGGAAUAACCUUUAGUUAUUUUUAUUGUUGCAAUUAAAACUGUGCAGAAUAAGACUUUUGCCACAAGUAUAGGUAUAACCUGAAGUAUAUUGAGUUGACUGUUUUCUUAAAAUUGAAUUAUAAAGUUGAUGCCAUAUAAGCAACAACUAGAAAAUGUUCAUCAUUGUUUAAGUAGCUUGAUUUGUUAGGAUUACAUAAAUCAGUUGGGAUAGGAUUUUCAGCACUAGUAGGGCUAUUGAAUGUUGUAGUUCUAACCUGUUGAACUACUCACAUAGACUGUCUCAUUUAAGAGACCCAAAGGAAUUUAUAUUACUAGAAGAUUGGAAUCCUCUUAGUUUUAAGAAUAGUGUAAAAUGUGAAAGAUUUUUGGAAUUACCUGUGACUCUGGAUAUUUCUACAAGACUCUUCAGAGACUAAAUUUUAUUUGAAUCUACUUCCUUUGAGUGUAUUGUAUAUUUUUCAAUAAAGUUGUUUAAUUCCAAUUCUGUAAAGAAUUGCUAGUUUCUUUGCUGUUCAGUAAAGCCUUUAAAGGAGAAUAAAGAAUUAGAACACAAUUAUACAAACGAGUAAAAAGUAGAAUUUGCAGUUUGUCUAUACUUAGCUUAUAAAAAUUCAGAGUCUUGGUCUGAAAAUUCUACUGUUCCCUGCAAAUCAUUGUACUUAAACACAGCAGUCUAUAAACUAACCUGUUGGUUGAAGAAAAAUGGUGCCUUUUAGUGUUGCAUAUCAUGGAACACUUGAAGUAUGUAGCCUGGUAUAAUUUAGAGGUGCAAGUGGCAACAGUUUUAUUCAUGUGGUCUGUAGGAGAGAUUUGAAAUCCUGUGCAACACUACAUCCUGAGAGGAUUUCACAGUACAGGAAUUUUUGGAAGGAUUGUAUAAAGGUGUACUACAAUAAAGAGAGGCGGUUGCAUUACAGAUGCUUUUGUAAUUCAUGAGUAUAAAUUUGUUUUGACCGAUCACUAGGUGGCGCUCCCUGACUUUGGAAAAGUGAUGUGAUUGUAUAUACUGUUUAAAAUUAAGCCUCCUGUUAAUAAAACUGUCUCUGAAAAUUCAUGUUAUGCAUUUUAACAAUCUUUGGGGAUAUUGUUUCAACAGCAGACUUUUUUUCUUUGAAAGGCUGAAAGUUCCGUUACUGAUGUCGGAAAGAUGCGAUAUUUGAAUAGGAGAGAAGUCUUUCAGUUUAUUUUUUUUAUAUUUUGCUCUGUUCCUAAAACAGUACAUUUUAUUAAAAUUUCAUACUAUAUUGCAGUUAUUAUUUGGGUGCUGUUUCUUCAUAUUUCAUACUGGAAUAAAAAUCUUGAAAAGGAAAACUUGCCUUCAUUGUUCACAGAAUUAAUUCAAUUAAGAAUUUUAGUAUGUGGCUUGCAGAAACUUGUGGUUAUUGUAUUUCAAGCUUGAAUGAAUCACAGCAAUGCAUUUCUUGUUGUGGAAUGUAAUUAAACUACUGGUAUCU